AUGAAACGCAACGCCAUCAACCUCGGGAUCGUCACCUCCGCAGUAAAUCGCAACGCCAUCAACCUCGGGAUCGUCACCAAAUCGGCGAUGUCUCCUUGUCCCCGCGUCGGGAUCCUCGUGCCGCAUACUUACGUGCUUCAAGGUGCUUUGUCUCCACCAACACGAGACAACCAACCAAAGCAGCUCGUCGGCGGCGGUCACACGUCUUCAAGAAGCGGCGCGUACGCGACGCCGACAGCGUGCCGCCCGACGGCCUACUCGUCCGUGUUCAAGUCGGCGUGCCCGCGCGCGUACAGCUACGCCUACGACGACCGCUCCAGCACCUUCACCUGCCACAGCGCCGCCGGCUACACCAUCGCCUUCUGCCUCCCUCCCUCCGGGUUGCACGACUCUGACGCCAAUCCCCUCGUUUCGCCGCCGGCAAAUGGGCAAAGCACCAGUGGCGGCAGCGUUGGUGCUGCUGACAGCACGCCGCCGCCGUCUCCUACUGUUGGCAAUGGCAUCGGAAGCGCCAACCAGGCGCCACCUUCAACUGACAACGGUGGCGGCGGAACCACCGGCCAGGCGCCUCCUGCUACUGAUAACGGUGGCGACGGUGCCACCGGCCAGGCGCCUCCUGCUACUGGCAACGGUGGCGUCGGAAGCACCAAUCUGCAGCCGCCUCCGACUGACAACGACGGUGCUGGAGGUAGCUACCAGCAGCCGUGGAUGACGAUGUCACUAGCGAGCACGCUACACGAUCAGCUGUGGCUUCUGCUGCCUCUGCCUGCAGUGCUCUUGUUCGUCCUCUGA